GAGAACCAAGCAACCAUGGUAGAAACUAAGAGCAACGGGAACGGUGAAUCAAUGGUGCAUCCUGCCCCAUCCUGGCUAACUGAGUCCUACGUGGAAUCCAUACUGCGUCGCUACAAACAGGAUGUGACUCUUGCCGUGAGGGAUUUAGAUAUCACACCAGCGACAAGCAAGGGCGAAAAUUAUGCCAGUGUUAUGACCAGGAUCAAAGUGGAAUAUGUCUGCGGUGGCGCCAAGCAGCCCCAAACCGAAUUCUUUAUAGUGAAGACAACAUAUGAGAAUGAUCCUUUCAUAUCCAACGUCUUGGCAACAUAUAAUACGAGCAUAACGGAAAUGAUUAUGUACGACAAGAUUCUGCCGGAAUUAAGCCGAAUGCUGGAGGAUACGGAUCAAUCGGAGAAACUAUUCGCCAAGACACUCCAUGUUGACGAUGAGCACUCGGCGAUUAUCUUUGAGGAUCUCUCCGUAUCGAACUAUGUGCUGGGUGAUCGCUUGACUGGCUUCGACUUGGAGCUCACCAAGUUAGUCCUACGAAAGCUGGCCAAGAUGCAUGCCACCGCUGCGGUUUACAAUGAGCUACAACCGGGAUUCCUGACCAAACUACAACAUGGCAUAUUUAAUCGCCAUUCACGCGCCUUUGCUCCCAUGUUUGAGAAUCUAAUAGGCGUGGCAGCACAGUUUGCGGGCCAGUGUCCCGAACUUGGCAGCGUCUACGAGAAGAAGCUAAAACGUCUGCAGAAACAUGUUAUGGAAUACACGGAAAUGGUUUAUGAUCCGAAACCGGAUGAGUUCAAUACUUUGACCCAUGGCGAUCUGUGGACCAACAACAUAAUGCUGAGGCCUAAGACCGACCAGAAUGAAGUGGAUUUGCUGCUGAUUGAUUUUCAGUUCUCUGCCUGGGCCUCUCCUGCCGUUGAUUUCUAUUACUUCUUUAGCACCUCGCUGCAAUCCCAGGUGCGCAUCGAUCACCAUGAUGCCUUGAUUCAGUUCUAUCAUCGUGUGCUGGUGGAUACCCUGCAUAUAUUAAACUUUAAGGGUUAUAUACCCACGCUCAGGCAGUUGGUACUACAGCUGGAGAGGGGGAAAUUUAUGGCUGUGACUGCUUUGCUGACUUGUCAGGCAAUAAUGGUUAACGAUAAUACUGAUGAUGCGGACUUCAAUGCCCUAAUGGUGGACAAUGAGCGAGGUCGCAACUUUAGAAGGCGCAUGUACAACAACAAGAGGAUUCAGGAGCAUGUCAAGCAUUGGCUGCCCGUCUUUGAUCGCUGCGGUCUCCUUGAUGUACUGAAUUGAUGUUAGUACAUUAUUAACAAUAUUAUUUAAAUAUAUAUUAUAAUAUUGUACUUAAUAUUUAGCACAAAAAAUAAAAUAUAAACACACAUAUCUAUGAUCCUUCACAAAACAGAUAAUGUUAACCUUUUAUUUCUACCUAGAAACAAGCCUAAGCAAUCAAAUACAAUGUAAAUUUCUUAUUAACAAAUAAACAAGCUUUUACUAGCAGUCUAAAAAAAA